AUGGUGAUUGGAAUAAUGGAGGUGAAGCUGGUGAGUGCUAAAGGUCUCAAAAACACUGAUUUCUUAGGUGGGAUAGAUCCAUAUGUUUUGCUUCAGUACAGAAAACAAGAGUGCAAGAGCACCAUUGCAAAAGGAAAAGGCACUCGCCCACUAUGGAAUGAGAAGUUCGAGUUCAGGGUCGAUUCUCCAUUCAUAGAUGAUGAUCAACACAAACUCGUGCUCAAGAUCAUGGAUCACGACACCUUCAGUGCAGAUGAUUAUCUCGGCGAAGCAGAGAUCUACGUGAAAGACAUUAUAAAAAUAGGGAUGGAAAAUGGUAAAGCUGAACUUCAUCUUCAAAAAUACAGAGUUGUCUCCACCGAUCAAACUUAUCAUGGAGAGAUUCAAGUUGGAAUUACUUUCACUGCUAAGGAAAAAACUGUCGAAGAAGAAGAAGAAGAAUAUGGUGGAUGGAAGGAAAGCGACUACUAG